AAAUGGGUAAUAAGAAUUCAUGUUGUGCCUACUCGAGUCCACAAUCGGACCGAAAGUCCAAAGAUAUACCGCCUGUCUAUGAGGAACGACAUCACAUACAUCAACACACCUCGCAACAUCAUCUAACAACAGAUGGCGUAGUACACACAUCAUCCACAGCUGCCAUACACCACAAUCCUGAAAUGGUGGACAAUACACAAACUCUGCAACAUAUAUCAGAACGGGAAGCAACAGAAGGUGAAGAAGAUCCUUCGGUUGAUCCUACGGCAGCCACUAUGUUCCUCGAACGAUCCAAAGUUGAAAAUGGCGGUAUUACACGUAAACGAUCUCAGCACCAAAUAGCACAGCACAAUUCUUCCGGUGGAUUGAAAAAGUCUUCUUCGUGUUCCACAAUAUACUUGGACGAUAGUACGGUAUCUCAACCGAAUUUAAAAAACACCGUCAAAUGUGUUUCUCUGGCCAUUUAUUAUCACAUCAAAAAUCGUCAAUUUGACAGACGUCUAGAUAUUUUUGACGAAAAACUACAUCCACUAACACACGAUCCCGUGCCCAGUGAUUAUGAUUCGCACAAUCCUGAGCACAGACAGAUCUAUAAAUUUGUGCGUACCCUCUUCAAUGCGGCCCAAUUGACGGCUGAGUGUGCCAUUAUAACGCUAGUCUAUUUGGAACGUCUGCUAACGUAUGCCGAACUCGAUAUAGCUCCAUGCAAUUGGAAGCGCAUGGUUUUGGGUGCCAUUCUACUGGCAUCCAAAGUGUGGGACGAUCAAGCCGUAUGGAAUGUCGACUAUUGUCAAAUUCUUAAAGAUAUCACGGUUGAGGAUAUGAACGAGCUGGAGAGGCAAUUUUUAGAACUACUUCAAUUUAACAUCAACGUCCCAUCAUCAGUGUAUGCCAAGUACUACUUUGAUUUACGUACACUAGCUGAAGCAAAUGAAUUGUCAUUCCCCACGGAGCCGCUGUCAAAAGAGAGAGCACAGAAACUAGAGGCAAUGUCACGUGUAAUGCAAGAUAAGGUUACGGCUGAAGCUUUAAAGAAUGGCAUAAAGAAAUGGUCGUCAAUGGACAAUAUCAGUCAAGGUGGACCCAGGCGUAGUGUAGCUAUUUUAUCGUGAUUUUUAU